AGCCGAGAGGCGGCGUUUGCUGCGCUGGUCGUAUUCCCGCCGGGAACGUGGGGCGGGAAGGCCGACUCCUGCUCUCCCGCAGCUCAUCCUGUUCGGGCUGAGCAACCAGAUGGUGGUGACGUUCAAGGAGGAGAACACGGUGGCCUUCAAGCACCUCUUCCUGGAGGACUACACGGACGGCGCCGACGACUCGUACGCCGUGUACACGCAGCGGCAGCUCUACGCGCGCGUCUUCUACGCCGUGGACAAGUACUUGGCCAUCGCCAACGAGACGGUGGGGCGCUACGCCUACGUGCGGCCCGAGCGCGGCGCCAACCGCUCGGCGCUCAUGCUCUGCCAGCACUUCUACCGCAAAGGGCGCAUCGACCCCGCCAACGACACCUUCAACAUCGACCCCAAGAUCGUCACCGAGUGUCUGGGAGUGGAGCCGCAGGAGCCGCAGCCGCUGCCGCCGGAGCUCGACCGCAGCUACAGGAAUUUCACCCUCAAAUUCCACAAGCUCAUCAACGUCACCAUCCAGUUCAAGCUGAAGGCCAUCAACAUCCAGACCAUCAUCAACAACGAGAUCCCCGACUGCUACACCUUCACCAUCACCAUCACCUUCGACAACAAGGCYCACAGCGGCCGGGUGAAGAUCCGCUUGGACAACCGGGCGGACAUCAAGGAGUGCAAGGACCCCAGCGUCUUCGGACGAGGUGACAACUCCUUCCGGCUCUUCUUCGACGUCGUCGUCAUCCUCGUGUGUUCGCUCUCCUUCAUCCUCUGCGCCCGCUCCAUCAUCCGGGGCCUCCUGCUGCAGCACGAGUUCAGCCGGUUCUUCCAGCGCCGCUACAAGCAGAGCCUGGCCCUCUCGGACCGCAUGGAGUUCCUCAACGGCUGGUACAUCCUGCUGGUGGUCAGCGACGUCCUCACYGUGCUGGGCACCGUCAUGAAGAUCGGCAUCGAGUCCAAGAACUUUGCCAGCUACGACGUCUGCAGCAUCCUGCUGGGCACCUCCACGCUGCUGGUGUGGGUGGGCGUCAUCCGCUACCUCACCUUCUUCCAGAAGUACAACAUUCUCAUCGUGACGCUGCGGGUGGCCCUGCCCAACGUCAUCCGCUUCUGCUGCUGCGUGGCCGUCAUCUACCUGGGCUACUGCUUCUGCGGCUGGAUCGUGCUGGGCCCCUACCACGUCAAGUUCCGCUCCCUCUCCAUGGUGUCCGAGUGCCUCUUCUCCCUCAUCAACGGCGACGACAUGUUCGUCACCUUCGCMGAGAUGCAGCAGAACAGCUACCUGGUGUGGCUCUUCAGCCAGAUCUACCUGUACACCUUCAUCAGCCUCUUCAUCUACAUGGUGCUCAGCCUCUUCAUCGCCCUCAUCACCGGCUCCUACGAGACCAUCAAGCACCAGUGCGAGGGCGAGACGCCCGUGUCCCAGCUCCACGCCUUCAUCGCCGAGUGCAAGGACAGCCCCAAGUCGGGCAAGUACCGCCGCGAGAGCCCCUCGGCCUGCUCCGUCUUCUGCUGCUGCGAGAGGGCUCCGCUGGCGGACAACACGCUGCUGGUGAACUGAGGACCCCCCCGGCGCCGCAUGGACCCUUGGGGGCCCCCUCAGCCCCCCGCUUUUAUUUAUUUUAACGUCGGCUUUUAAUGAGCACCGGAGCCCGCCGCCCACUCCCGAGGGGCCGGCACCCCCCGGCGCCCCCUUUUCCAGCACCCACGUGGAUGAUCCUGGCACCCACGUGGAUGAUCCCGGCUCUAUUUCCAGGACAGACAGGGGGGUUUUUCCCCCCCUUUCCAGCACCCAAACUGCAACUAUGGGGCUCGGUCUCCGGGUGCUGUCCCCAGGGACCACCCCGCUGGAUUUGGGAGCCGCCUCCGGAGGCCGGAGCUGAAGGCCGCUUUGUUUGGGCUCCCGGUGCCGGGCACGGGCCGGCGCCUCCGUCUCGCUCCCGGGGCCGGGUCAAGGGCCCGUUUUGUAACUGAAAGCCUGGCCUGGAGCCCGGCCAGCUGCUGCCUCC